AUGGCGCACAGCCCAGCAGGGAGCGCUGUGAAAGCUCUACAACUUGAACUAAAGAAGAUUCAAGCUGAACCCGUGGAAGGAUUUCGUGUGAAGUUGGUCAAUGAUGAUAAUAUUUUUGAGUGGGAAGUGGCGAUUUUUGGUCCUCCAGGGACUCUCUAUGAGGGAGGAUACUUCAAGGCACACAUGAAAUUUCCUCAAGAUUAUCCAUAUUCACCUCCAAGCAUUCGUUUUAUUUCUAAAAUGUGGCAUCCAAAUGUUUAUGAGAAUGGUGAGGUGUGUAUUUCCAUCCUGCAUCCUCCCAUUGAUGACCCGCAGAGUGGGGAGCUGCCCUCUGAACGCUGGAACCCCACUCAGACUGUCAGAACCAUUUUGCUUAGUGUGAUUUCAUUGCUAAAUGAGCCCAACACAUUUUCCCCUGCAAACGUUGAUGCUUCAGUCAUGUACAGGAAGUGGAAGGAGUCCAAAGGCAGAGAGAAAGAGUAUGAAAACAUUAUCAGGAAACAAGCUCAAGCCACAAAAGAAGAUGCAGAAAAAGACCAGGUGAGGGUGCCCACUACAUUACAGGAAUACUGCGUCUCAUCCAUCCCUUCCCACGACAACCAAGUGGAUGCAGACUUCUACGAUGAUACCUACGUGGAUGAUCUGGAUGAUGAGGAAGAGGACAUGUAUCAUGAAGACGAUGAAGAUUCUGGCAAUGAAGAUUCUUGA